GCGGCGCCGGUGCGGGCUGAGGCCGAGGCGGCGGUGGCUCAGCAGAGCGGCAGCUCGCGGGUAGCGGUCUCGGUGUGUUCAACCUCCCUCCGCCUACACGCACGGUUCCUCGACGCGGUUCGGGUCCAGUGGACCUAACCCUUUGCCAUGGACUCCCAGAAAGAAGCUCUGCAAAGGAUCAUUACAACUCUGGCAAAUAAAAAUGAUGAAAUUCAGAACUUUAUUGAUACACUAAAUCAAACACUAAAAGGAGUUCAGGAAAAUGCUUCUAACAUACUUUCAGAGUUAGAUGAAGAAUUUGAUAGUUUAUACUCCAUAUUGGAUGAGGUAAAAGAAAGUAUGGUUAAUACUAUCAAGCAGGAACAAGCUCGUAAAUCACAAGAGUUACAGAGUCAGCUUAGUCAAUGUAAUAAUGCCCUGGAGAACUCGGAAGAACUACUAGAAUUUGCAACACGGUCAUUAGAUAUAAAGGAACCUGAAGAAUUUUCUAAGGCUGCCAGACAGAUCAAGGAUAGAGUAACAAUGGCUUCAGCCUUUCGCCUUUCUUUGAAACCAAAGGUCAGUGACAACAUGACUCAUUUAAUGGUGGAUUUUUCUCAGGAAAGACAGAUACUGCAGACUUUGAAGUUUUUGCCAGUCCCCAAAGCUCCAGAGAUAGAUCCAGUAGAGUGUUUGGUGGCUGACAACACUGUAACAGUAGCUUGGAAAAUGCCAGAGGAAGAUAAUAAGAUUGAUCAUUUUAUAUUGGAAUAUAGAAAAACAAAUUUUGAUGGACUUCCACGUGUAAAGGAUGAGCGAUGCUGGGAGAUAAUUGAUAAUAUUAAGGGAACUGAACAUACACUGUCAGGCUUAAAGUUUGAUUCGAAGUAUAUGAAUUUUAGAGUGCGAGCUUGUAACAAGGCUGUGGCUGGAGAGUAUUCUGAUCCAGUGACUCUAGAGACCAAAGCACUGAACUUCAGUUUGGAUAACUCUUCAUCCCAUUUGAACCUGAGAGUAGAAGAUACCUGUGUAGAGUGGGAUCCUACUGGUGGAAAAGGUCAAGAAAGUAAAAUUAAAGGAAAAGAGAACAAGGGCAGUGUCCAUGUUACUUCACUGAAGAAACAUACAAGAAGUGGUACACCAUCUCCUAAACGGACAUCCAUAGGCUCCAGGCCACCAGCAGUAAGAGGCAGCAGAGAUCGUUUUACUGGGGAGUCAUACACAGUGCUGGGAGACACUGCUAUUGAAAGCGGACAACAUUAUUGGGAGGUCAAGGCCCAGAAGGACUGUAAAUCCUACAGUGUGGGAGUAGCAUACAAGACUUUGGGAAAAUUUGACCAGUUAGGAAAAACAAACACUAGUUGGUGUAUCCAUGUCAACAACUGGCUACAAAACACGUUUGCAGCAAAGCAUAAUAAUAAAGUCAAAGCCUUGGAUGUUACUGUUCCUGAAAAAAUAGGUGUAUUUUGUGAUUUUGAUGGGGGUCAACUUUCUUUCUAUGAUGCUAACUCAAAACAGUUGUUGUAUUCCUUUAAGACAAAAUUUACUCAGCCAAUACUACCUGGUUUCAUGGUUUGGUGUGGUGGACUUUCUUUGAAUACUGGAAUGCAGGUUCCAAGUGCUGUGAGAACACUUCAGAAAAGUGAAAAUGGAAUGACUGGUUCAGCUAGCAGCCUAAACAAUAUUACUCAGUAAUGCCUACUCAGAAAAUGUUUACCUCCCCCACCCCCAUCCUUUUUGAUUGGGUGGCCUUUUCUGUGCAGUUACUAAUCACAGAAAUUUAUGAGUGGUGGAAAUCAGGUCUGCUACAUUCUGCUUUAAGGCUUGGAAUCUGUUAGCAUUAAGCAUCUAGUACAAAGCAUUCACAGGAAUCUACUGUGCAGUAUCAGAGAAGCAGGCAGACAUCGAGCAAGAAACUGAUGUUUUGAAGAGUAAAUGGGCAGUGUUUAAGUAGCUACAUAGAACUCAUUUUUGUCUUUCUUGUAUUACUUUGGCUCUUCUAAUAUGUUUAGUUACAUAUUGUAGCCCUAGGGCCUGAGGGAAAAGCAUUUAAAUCUUGUCUUUUUUCUUCUAUACUUUCUGUUUUUUUUAAUGUCAUCACUACCUAUUUAUUUUGGUUCUUACACUGAAGCUUUAGAAAUAUACAGUCCUCUAUGGUUUUCUAAAACUUUAAAUAAUUAGCUGGGGAUGCUAGAAAAGUUUUUUUUUACAAUAGUUUAUUUUCCUCCUUUUAUAAAUACAUUGAAGUUUGCUAAAUUAUCCUCUUUUAUUUAUUUACUAGAUUGUGUAUCAUUUUCUCUUUUCCAUAUACUGUGAUAUUUCUCUUACGGUUAUCUUUAAAAAGAGUGGAUAGGAAGAGUUUCUAGACAGCUUAAAAUCACCCAAAUUUCAGUUUUUUACCUGUUGCUCUUAACAGCGGCAAAGGGAUAUCCUUUCUGUUACCCUGUUGAAUUAGACUUCCUUUCAUUCCAUCAUUUUGGAUGAUGGGGGUAAGAUUUUUUAGAGCCUUAUAUUUUCUGUUUUGUUAUGUAGUUUAAUACUACCUUUAAUAGUUAUCUUUGGUAAAAUUUCCACUUGAGUUUGGUAAUAAUUGAUGAUAAUUAUACUGAUUUUUAACAUUUCUAUUAAGACGAAAGUUUAUGAAAGCUAUAUAGAAAGAAAAAAAAAAAAGCUGUCUACUCAAGUUUUACCCAAGAGGAAUAGGUUACAAAAGGAGGUGCCUAAAACUAUACUUUAUAUCUGCUUUUUAAUGUUUAAACAAGUGUUUUGAAAAAAGCUACGUAUCUACGUACUUGCAAGGCAUGUGAGUUUUUCAAACAUAAGUAUUCUAAGGUUAUUUUUCUGUCAGUCUUUUUGCUGCAGUCAUUUGCUUUCUAAACGGUUUUAAUUCUUCCAAAAAUUAAUAUAAUCAUUACCAAAUUUAAGGAAAAUGUGGUAAACAGUGAGUAACCACCAUGGUUAUUGAGCAGAGCAUAUAUACUGUUUAAAAGUUAAUGAAAAUUUGUAACAAGUCCUUUGAGCCAAAUUGAAAGUUGUAAUUACAGUAUUUCUUUGAGCAUUUAAAUUUUUUAAAAAUCAACUAUGUUCAUUUUCCUUGAGCAUUUUAAUGAGGUCUGGAUUUGUAUAUUCCUUAAUUUUUGAAACUUUACUUUCUCAUGAUGACUUUGUUUCAUUCACAUUUUAAGUGUAUUAUGUUAUCACAGCCUUCCCCUUAGAAGUGACUGUUGCUUAUAUUUGAGUUGCUUUUUCUAGAAAGGCUUGGAAUGGGAACAGUUCAUUCUCUCUUAAAGUUUCUUGCUUACUGAUAGGUUGUUUUGUUCAUUGUAAAACAAAUCUAAAUGAGGAAUUUUAUUUGAAUUGGGUAUUUUUCCAGAGCAUAUUCAUAUCUAUGUGAUUGUCUGAUGGUGGAUUUUAAAGACUAUAUGGCAGUUUAGAGAAUGGCAUAUAGUCAUUUGAUUCUCCAGGUAAAUAAAAUCUGGGUUUUGUUUCUCCUAGAGAUUUUGAAAGUAAUUUUUGGAUGUCCUAAUGCCUACAGCAGGGUUGUCCAGGAUCUAAGGAAAUAGGAAGUUAUUUUCUUUCACAGAGUUAAACCUGAAAGCAGUAAAUAAUUUAGUGGUGGAGCUGCUUUAUAUGAACAGUUAUGUAUAUUUUAGCAAAAGUAACACAGAAAAAGCCAAAAGUUCUUGUAUAAAAUUUUAACUAUUAUGUCUUACAUAAUUGUACCUUCUCUUUAAUUCAGUGCCUUCUUCCUCUAAGCAUGGUCUUGCUCCAUGCCCCAUGCAGUGUCAACUGAUAUUUAAGUCAGAGAUCAUUAUGUUAUACUGGUGAGGGGCUUCUUUGCAGAGGCAUGGGGGAAAGGAAAAUACUAAUCAGGGGCUGGAGAAGUGCACAUGAGUCUUCCUGUGCUCAUAUCAUCAUUUGAAACUCUUCAUAUAAAAUUUUAAAAUAGUCAAUUGGAAAAUCCAUUUGAAGUUCACCAUAAAAAUCUGAAGAAUCUGAAGUUUUCCUCUUACUGUACUUCUUAAAGGUCUCUGAAAAAAACCCAAAAUGUGUGUGGGUUUUAGCCUAGUUGUUUUAAGUUUAUUUGUGUUAUGCUCAAUUAGAGGCAGUUUGCCACCCUGACUUUCAAACUAGAAAAUAACCAACUGUAGUGCCUAUUUACAUAGUCUUGAAUUAAGGUAACUAUUAACUUGACACAUAAUAUACAACAUUCUCAUUGACAUCUGAAUUAAAAAGUACUGAGUUUUUUGCUCAAUACAUUGUGGAAAGUUAGUAUACCCUUUGAAAUAUUUUCUUUCUUUUUUUACUCUUCAUUUUGACAGGUCAAACAUGACUGCUUUCUGUAGAAGAAAUGCAUGAGAGAUUGACAGUAAUGGAUGUAUCACAGGUGUAAGAAAAUUGUUUUAUAAAAACAUACAUGUAGUAUUGCAUUUCUCUUUUAGUAGUUGAAUCCCAAACCAGUUUUAAUAAACUGGAUAAAGAAAUGAAGGAAUUGCCUUAAGCACUUUAGAAAAAAGAAUUUUUUAAUAAUUCAUUUUGACUCCUUGGACUGACUGUGUCACAUACGUCUUUAACUUUUCAUAUAUAUGUAUAUACCAAGCAUUUACUGAUUUGCACACAAAUUUAAUAUACAGUAAUUCUUUCAAUGUUCCAGGUGUAGGCAAACAAGUUGAAAGUGUUAAAAGUGUGCCUGUCUUUACAUGUGUUUAAUUGGUGGCAUCUUACCAUUUUGACAAACCAUGAACUGCUGCUGUACAGCUAGACUUGACUUUGUCCUGCAGUCAUUUCCUCCAUGUUAUCAUCUAGAGACAUACUGGCUUGUGUUUUUGUUUUUGCCCAUAUAUGAAAAAGUAUGCACAGUAUCAUGUAUAAUUUGAAAUUUUUAUACUGAUCCUUGAUAGUAUAAAGAAUAAAAUAAUGUGUAAUGAAAUGUGUUAAUUAGGCUAAGAUACUCUUAUUUCAUGACUUACCUAGGAUGGCUUAGUUUUCCUAUGUAUACUUUUUCCAUAAAAUUAUUAAAUUACUUUAUAGUUUCUUUUGGAAACAUGGAAAAAAAUUGGAAAAGGAUAUAUAUGAAAAGCGAUUGUUUCAGAGUAUUAAUUUUAGGAGAGUAUGGGAUUCCAGGCUAAGUAAAUCAAGGACUAUAUUUAAAAAUAAUCAUGAUAAUUCUUUUUAAAAAAUCCAUUAUUUGUAACAUCAGUGUUCACUCAUUGUCUAAUUCAUACAACAAAUAUUUAAGUGUCUGGGAUAUGGCAGCCAUACUUUGUAUUUUUAAAAUUAGUGAAGUUUCAUUUAAUGUGUGUAUAAUAGUUUUGCUGCUUUUGAGUGGUAUGACAAAGUUUACAUCUUAAAAACAAUGUUUUUGCUAAUAAAAAGUAAAUUUAUUAAGAGUUUGUGAAAAAGUUCAGAUUAACUGCACAUAAAAUGGGUCUGGAAAAGUUUCUUCCUUGAUUUUAUUUUUACACUGGAUAUAUUCUUUUAGGGAAGUGUGUGGUCAGCGCAUAUUUACUCAGCAUCGAAAUAACCAUAAAGUUAUCUGUUACUUUUUAAUUUACACUUGAUAAUGCCAGUACUGGAGCAUUUAUAAGAGAUCAUGAAUGUUUCCUUAAUCACUGCAGAAAAUUACCUCAUAUUCAGUAUCGUUUUAAUUUUGUGUAUAUCUUACCAUAUUCACUUAUGCAAAUAUUUGUGAUCCUUUCACAUAUGAUAGCUUUGUUAACCUGGAAUAUUUGAUUAGUGUAAAUACUUCAAGCUUUUUGAGUAAUUGCGAUGUUAAAUGGAUUACAUUUGGUAUAUGUAUGCCAUAUGAAGGUUAGUAUUGGCUUAUAAAUAAAUUCCAGAGAUUGCCAUAGUACUUUGCUCCUCAGACUACCCACUUAUUAAGUUAAAACAGUAUUUGUUACUUCUCGGUCAGUGUAAGGUACUGACUUUUGAUUUGUAAUCAUUUGAGUUAUGUUCAUUUUAAUUGAUAUGUUUUCUUAUGGUACUCAUUCACUAUAAGUUGGUCCUUGGAAAUGGACAUGUAGAGGAUGUCACUGUAUGUAAGACAGCAGGUUGGUGAAUGUGUUUGCUUUGGCUUGGAGUUUCUUGAGUUGGAGCCAGUUUAAAUUAUGUCAAAUUGCAAGUGAUUAGUAAAACGGCAUUUUUAUUAAUAUUGGGACUUUUUCUUUUUUUUUUGCCACACCCAGGGCAUAUGGAAGUUCCUGGGCCAGGGAUCAAACCCUCGCCACAGCUGUGACCCGAGCUACAGUAGUAACAACACUGGAUCAUUAACCCACUAGACCACUAGGGAACUCCAGUAUUGGGACUUUUUUAGAGCGCCUAAGGGCUAUGAGAAUUUUUUUUAAACAUUUCCAAUAUCUCUAAGGUACCAAAGCCUUGAGUCUAACUUACCUUUUAAGAGAGACUCUUUAAAGUCAGAUUUAUAACCAAUUUAUACAUAAGGUGUAUAAUAACUAAAGUUUUGGAGUAAUAUGUAUUAAAAACCACUAGUCUUUAAACUCUGGAUAUAAGAAAAAUAUUUUGGCUUAAUUUCUUUUCAAGUAUAUAAAAUUAAUCACAUUAGCUCUACUAUAUACUAGAUCUGUGAUCUCUACAGAAAUCAUUUUUCAUCUUUGGGCUUCUAUUGCCUUAUAUAAAAUAAUUGUAACUUGUUCAGUCUAUCUCGCAGGCUUGUUGUGAGGAAAAAAUGGAGUAUGUGAAAUUGCUUCAACAACAGUAAAAUGCUUUGUAAAUAUAAGGUAUUACUUUCAGUUAAUAAUGGGUUUAAGUGUUUGGAUACUUUUACAUGCAAUUUACUUUGAUAAAGCAUGUGCUUAAAGUGGUAUCACCAGGACAUCGAACAUGAUUUUUUUAAAAACCUGAUUAAAAUACCUUUUAACAUUUUUA